ACCACAGUUGACAUCUGCUUCGGUCUCGAACGCAUGUCUUCGACCCAUUGCGAUGACAUCGAGCUCCUGACCAUCGCGUGCGACCCUGAAGGCUUCUUUGUGUGCGUCCUCACUAUAAUCGGACUCAUCGCUGUGGCGGGCAUGAUGGCCGGGCUCACCAUGGGUCUGUUGAGCCUCGACCAGCUGAACCUUCAAAUCCUCCAAACUUCUGGCGCCGACGACGAGAAAGUCCAAGCCGAGCGCCUCCUGCCCAUCGUGAAGAAGCACCAUUUGCUUCUCGUGUCCCUGCUUCUGUUCAAUGCCGCGGCGAACGAAGCACUGCCCGUGUUCUUGUCUCGCGUCGUCACGGAAGCGCAGGCCGUGAUGAUCUCGGUCACGUGCGUCCUCUUCUUCGGAGAGAUCAUCCCGUCCGCCAUCUUCACAGGCAAACAGCAGCUCGCGAUCGCCGCCGCCCUCGUUCCCUUUGUCAAGCUUCUCAUGCUCGUGACCUUCCCCAUCGCAUUUCCCAUCGCAAAGCUCCUCGAUCGAUGGCUCGGCGAAGACCACGACUUUUCUCGAUACAAGCGCAAGGAACUCAAGGCGUUGGUGGCCCUGCACCACAAGCAGAGCCAAAAGAAGUGGUUGCGCCAGUCGACGCGGGACCUGGGCACGUCCACGACCGCCCUCACGCCGCUCCUCGAAGACAAGCCUUCCUCGUACGGAUCCGUCCGCCGGCCGCCGCCGCCGCGCUUGACACUGCGCUCGUUUUCGUCGUCGGAAGACCAGGACGACAAGAUGCCGCUGGAAAUGACGCCGACGGACGCGGCCGCCGCGCCGGCCGUUGUGCCCAUGUACUCGCCCCCGCCGCGGCCCGAGUACGCCGCCGCGACCCCGCUCUACUCGAUGACGGGCAACUACCUCCACAACGACGAAGUGGCCAUCAUCCACGGCGCCAUGGACAUGAGCACGAAGACGGUGCAGAUGAUCAUGACGCCGUUCGACAAGGUGUUUAUGCUGGACGUGGAGGAAAAGCUCUGCGACACUGUCAUGGUGCGCAUCCUCGCCAGUGGGUACUCUAGGAUUCCAGUGUACAAGGGCCACCGCACCAACGUGGUGGGUCUCUUGCUGGUGAAACGACUGAUUGUGCUCAAUCCUGCCGAAGAAAAGCCGCUGAAAGAUCUGAUUUUACGGCGGCCGAUUGUGAUUUCCCCCGAGCACUCUUGCUAUUCGAUCUUGAACUUGUUUCAGGAAGGCCGGAGCCACUUGGCUCUUGUGACCUCCCAGAAGGUACGCCAUACAAGUAAUAAAUAGGCCGUGCAAUCCUAGCUUCAUUGACUUCGACGUAGGAGGUGGUGACUGGUUGCUGGAAGGCGAACGUUGACAUUGAUCCAUCUAAAGUGGAGAUUCUUGGCGUCGUGACCAUCGAAGACGUCCUCGAAGAGAUCAUCAUGGAGGAAAUUCUGGACGAAAGCGAUGUCCCAUUGCGGCCGCCCGCGGAACUCGCUCGGGAGCAAGGCGUGCAGUUAGCCGUCCAAAAGUUCAAGGGUCUGCUGGGUCGGGCUAAGGACCGACAAGAAAAAGACCCGGACGACGUGACUCGUGAAGCCAGCAGCACCAAGCCAGCCUCCCUCGUGAUCGACGACGACGACAUCGUGUGAUAGAAGACUUCGUAGUGUGGAACAAUUUAUGAUCAAAGAUAGAAUGGCGACACUUCAAUAUCGUACAUCUCGAGACAAAUACGUAC